AUGCCUGGAAAAAAAAGUGCUAAAAAAGUUUUGGGUGGGACGAUAAAGUGAAUGUGUCAGGCAUAGCCUACGCCAUAAAGCGGGGUCCAGUUAGAAAAAGACAUAACGUAGAAGUUGUUGCCUUGUUGGAAUUGGAACACCUCAGUAUAUCACCGCACCAAAAAGAAUCCGUCUCCCUCACGACUUCGCAACCUUCAACACUGCACCCCCUUUCAAUUCACUUUGAACAUCUACAAUGAAUUUAGCUAAUCCUAAUCCACGUGUCAACAUCCUAUUCGCUACUUCACAGAUCUCCCUGUCCCACCACACUAGGUAGAAUUGAAUUGGACUGAAUGAAACAAUCGAACAAGUAAACCACUUUUCCCUUUCACAUAACAACAACUCUUUCUUCUUCCAAUUCAAUUUCAAACAAAAAAAGAAAGUUUCUCUCCAAUGGCUUCCAAAUUAUGUGACUCUUGCAAAUCCGCCACCGCCACACUCUACUGCCGUCCCGACUCCGCCUUCCUCUGCACCACCUGUGAUUCCAAAGUCCACGCCGCCAACAAGCUCGCCUCCCGUCACCCUCGCGUCACUCUCUGCGAAGUCUGCGAACAAGCUCCGGCGCACGUCACAUGCAAAGCUGACGCCGCUUCUCUUUGCAUCACCUGCGAUCGUGACAUCCACACUGCUAACCCCCUCGCCGCACGUCACGAACGUCUUCCGAUUACUCCUUUCUUUGAUUCCAUCGAUUCUCACUCCGUUAAGCCGAUUCACCACAAUAAUAACCACUACGAUACAGGAGAAGAUGAAGCAGAAGCUGCUUCCUGGUUGAUCUCUGAUCCUAAAGCAGAUCUCAACUGCUCUCCGUACAUUUUCUCCGAUUCCGAAGCUAUUCCGUUCAUGGAUCUCGAUUACGGCACUAUCGAUAACAAAAGCGACGUUGUCGUUCCCGUACACGGUAACUUCGAGCCUUUUUCUUACAAGAUCAACAGCGUGCAGUUACAGACAGACCUAGAAACUCCGUCACAGUCACCGAUGAGUCACAGUGUAUCGUCGUCGUCGAUGGAUGUUGGAGUUGUUCCCGAUGGAAACGCUGUAUCGGAUAUAUCGAACUGUGGAUACGGCAAAGCGGUUGCGGCGGAUCGAGAAGCGAGAGUGUUGAGGUAUAGAGAGAAGAGGAAGAAUCGAAGAUUCGAGAAGACGAUUCGUUAUGCUUCUCGUAAAGCUUACGCGGAAACUAGGCCUAGGAUUAAAGGUAGGUUUGCGAAACGCACUGAUGCUGUUGAUUCUCUUGCUGGAUACGGCGUAGUUCCAACUUGUUGAUUUCUUUUCUUUCAUCUUGUAAUCUUCAUUUUGUUGCUUCCUUCUCUUCUAUUUGCAUUUUCUUUCCAGAUGUAUAUAACUUUUUGUUUGUUUUAAUUAUGCGAUUUGUAAAGUUUCAAGCUCUCGGAGGCGAUUUUGUAUGGUUUUUGGGUGAAUUUUGUAAUCUUAUGAUAUGAUGAUGAUUAGCAUAUCUAAAUCUGGAUUAUUAUUCGCUUA